GGAUUUGUCUGAAGACGGGUAUGGAAAGAAAACUAAUAACACGUCGGAAAACCCACAAGACUUCCUGUAGCCCGCGUAGCUGAAACCGUAGCUUCUUAAACGAGUUAUUAUUAGUUUCUUUUGAAGGAGGUUUAGGUAUGAAUACGGUUUUAUCGAGGGCGAACUCGCUGUUCGCCUUUUCUCUGAGUGUAAUGGCGGCUCUGACUUUCGGCUGCUUCAUCACCACAGCGUUCAGAGACAGAAGCGUUCCGGUGAAUAUCCACGUCUCCAGAGUGCUCCUAAAAAAUGUGGACGACUUCACAGGACCAAGAGAAAGGAGUGAUUUGGGUUUCGUGACCUUUGACCUUUCUGUUGAUCUAAAGCCGAUAUUCGACUGGAACGUAAAGGAGCUCUUCCUCUAUCUGUCUGCUGAAUAUUCAACCAAAAGCAAUGCAUUGAACCAGGUGGUCCUAUGGGACAAGAUCGUUCUGAGAGGAGAAAACACCAAACUUGACCUGAAGGAUAUGAAGUCCGAUUACUACUUCUUUGAUGAUGGAAAUGGCCUGAGGGCGAAUAAGAACGUGACUCUGACUCUCUCCUGGAACGUGGUGCCGAACGCUGGGAUCUUGCCGUUGGUCAUGGGCUCGGGUCACAUCUCAGUGCCGUUCCCCGAGUCGUACGAAAGCACCAGAAGCUACUGAACCGUCCUGAGCCAUCUUCAUCACCGCUGUGCACUGCUGUGGGUUUUAAUUAAAAAAAAAAAAAAAAAAAAAAAAAAAGUACAA